UUUAUUUCAUUUCAUAUUUUUCAUGUCUGCUAUGCUGAGAGAUAUCAUGAACAGGUUCCCGAUCGACCCUUACGAUCGCGUUUGGAACCCCUACAACGAUCCCUCCUGGCUCACCUUGUCCACCAACUCGACCGUGGACAACAGGUUCGAUCCGUUCGAGCCGCCGUCCGCUGUGAUGCAGACGGCGGUGACUCCGGCCAGUGGCUCGCAGCUAGCCUUCGCCUGGGACUCCGUCUCCCCCGACGACAAGCUUUACACCAUUCUGCACUUCGCCGAACCCCAGAAUCUGACGGGAAACGCAACGAGGGUGUUCGACAUCAUCUGGAAUGACGAGUCCUGGGUUAGUGGGUAUACCCCGCUUUACCUCUCGGCUGAUUGCCAAUACGACUCUGAGCCAUUCGAAGCCAAUUUUGAGUAUCAAUACGUGCUCAACGCGACGAGCGACUCCACCCUCCCGCCCAUCAUCAACGCCUUCGAGGUCUACACGUUGAUGCAGCUCACACAGACCGCCACCGACUCCGCAGACGUUGACGCCAUGAUGGCAAUCAAAUCACACUAUCAACUUAAGAGAAAUUGGAUGGGUGAUCCAUGUGCUCCGAAAGAAUACGUAUGGGAUGGCUUGAAUUGUAGCUACAAUACUGAUCCACCAAGGAUCACAAAUAUAAAUUUGACUUCCAGAGGAUUGACUGGUGAAAUAUACAUCUCUUUUGCCAUGCUUGAAGCUGUCAAGUACCUGGACUUGUCUCACAACAGCUUUAAUGGAACAAUACCUGAUUUUCUAGGCAGUUUAUCAUCUCUCCUUGUCCUAGAUUUGUCUUUUAACAAUUUAACAGGAACAGUACCCGAUUCUCUUGAAAAUCUUGUAUCACUCCAAAUUCUAAAUUUGGCAGGAAACAAUUUCAAUGGAUCUGUUCCUGAGAAACUCUGCAAAAGGUCAGAUGCUGGGUUACUUAUACUCAGGCUUGACAAAAAUGGCUGUAACAAAGCGUCUUCAUCAAGGUCUAAAACAGCUAUCAUUGUAAUUAUCGCAGCAGUGUCUGGGCUGCUACUUCUUGUGAUAAUAUUGGUAGCUGUGGUAUGUAACAUCAGAAAGCAGCAAGGUCGGACCUCUAAUACCUUUGUUCAGUCACAUAGUGUAGUCUACCCUCGGCAGAGAGAGCAUCAAAUUUCAUUUGAGAGUAGGCAGUUUACAUACACACAGUUGGAGAACAUAACAAAUAAGUUUACAACGGUCAUCGGGAAAGGAGGUUUUGGCAUGGUUUAUCAUGGUUGCUUGGAAACUGGAAAGCAAGUUGCGAUCAAGAUGCAUUCUGUAUCAUCACCACAAGGAAUGAAGGAAUUUUUGGCUGAGGCCCAGAACCUGACGAAGAUCUACCACAGGAAUCUGGUUUCUCUGGUUGGUUAUUGCAUGGAUGGGAAUUGCCUAGCGCUUGUUUACGAAUACAUGAAGCAAGGAAGCCUCCAAGACCAUCUACGAGAUAAGGCUGGUUGUGCCAAAGUCUUGAGUUGGGGACAGCGGCUUCAAAUUGCACUGGAUGCUGCACAAGGGCUGGAUUAUUUGCACAAAGGAUGCAAGCCUCCAAUAAUCCAUAGAGAUGUCAAGAGCAGCAACAUUCUCUUGAGCGAAGAACUAGAGGCUAGAAUAGGGGACUUUGGGUUAUCCAAAUCUUUCCAUAGCGAUGAGCAAACCCAUGUGUCCACAGGGACAGUGGUUGGCACCCCUGGAUAUAUUGAUCCCGAGUACCAUCAAAACUACCAGCUCACCGAGAAGAGUGAUGUGUACAGCUUUGGUGUAGUUCUCCUGGAGCUGAUCACCGGCAGACCUCCGAUCGUGCCCAGUCCAGGAAAUGUUCACAUUAUUAAGUUGAUUGCCACAAGUCUGUCUCGGGGUUGCAUAGAAGAAAUCAUGGAUGAAACUCUGCAAGGAGAAUAUGAUGCCACUUCUGCGUGGAAGAUCCUGGAUCUAGCUCUCAGGUGCACCGCAGAUCCGGGCAGCCAGAGGCCGACGAUGUUUGAAGUAGUGACGCAGCUGAAGGGCUGCUUGAAGCCGGAGAUUGCCUCUAACAGUAACGAUAUCAUAUAUAUUGAAGGAUUUAACAUGAGCCGAGAAAUUUCGUCCGAGAUGGGGGCGAGCUUGCUGGGACCAACUGUUCCUUCUAUCAGAUGAAACUUAUCGUGGUUAUCUCUGUUCGUGUAUGCUGUGCGCAUUAAGGUAAGAUGUAGUGCAUGUAACUGUCAUUGGCACUCGUACUGCCGCAAAAUAGGAUGUUCCUCUUGGGGAUUUCUGCUGCGGAAUAAAUAUAGAACUUGGUGUUGUGUAAUCUAUGCACUACUGUAUCUCUUUUCGGCAAUAAUGAAACAAUAUGCUGUAAUCUGAAAUGGAUUAGAACAUCAAUAUAUCAUGUAAUAAGUUUGGUCUCUGCACA